CAAGCACAAGUCUGAACCCUAAAACAUGGCCCCCAGCCCUGGCGCCAUGGCAACCCCAUCCCAUAACUACUGUGUUCUCAGAUUGCCCAUCCAAGGCAGGGAGGAGACAGGGAGGGUAAAGGAGUUGAGUGGGACGUUAUAUAAACCUUAACCUUUCGAUCUAAUUCUAACCCAGAUUUCAACCACACAAUCAUCAGCAGGAAUGUUUACCAGGUUUGGUUUAACUAAACUCAAUCAUCUAUCAACCCAAAUUUGAUGUUGAUUUGAUGUUGACUUCAGGUCUGUAGCUAGUAGGAGGCCAGUGGUCCACACACAGACGACAGAGUUACCAGGACAGACAGGAGGAGGUCUGACAGCAAGAGAGUCAAUAUGUUAAGAGUUAGAAGCCUCUCUCAUGCUCGGCUUGCUCUCUGAUUAACUGAGAAUCGCCUCCCAAAACAGCCCCAAUGACGGCCUAGUGUCAGGGACACACCAUGACAUGUCGCUAUGGCAACAGAGGCUGCGGGGCAGAGCGGGAUGCCAGUUAGGAAGCACUUUGAUGCCAAGCUUGUGCCAGUCUGAGCCCUGGAAAGGGUUGCCAACUCAGACCACAUCCUUAGAGAUUACUGUAGAAAACAAGAAUGGAUGGAUGGAGGGAUGGAUGGGAGGGAGGGAGGGAGGGAUUGGAUGGAGGGAUGAAGGGAUGGAUGGAUGGAUGGAUGGAUGGAUGGAUGGAGGGAGGAGGAGGGAAGGAUGGAUGGUAUGGAUGGUUUGAUGGAUUGUAUGGAUGGAUUGAUUGCUGGAUGGAUGCUGAUGGAUGGAUGGUGGAUGAAUGGAUGGAUGGAUGGAUGGAUGGUAUGAUGGGGGGAUGACUGUAUGUAUGGAUGGGAGUGGAGGGAUGGAUGGGUGGAGGGAUGGAUUGAUUGAUGUCUGUAAUGUAUUUAUUAUUUCUUUAUUUAUUGAUUGCGUUCUUUCUGUCUUCUAUUGUCUGUAUGUAUUUCUUUAUUUUCUGUUUUGCUGGAUUGGUUUAUUCUAGGUGCUGGAUGGCUGGACUGUAUGGAUGGUAGGAUGGAUGGAUGGAUGGAUGGCUGUAUAUCAAUUGUCCAGUACUUAAUCAACAACAAUCCAAUCAAAUUAGCACUGUGCUGAACCAGUGAAGACACUCAACCACCCCUCCACCUCUCCUUCUCCACCCUCCACUCUCCUUCUCACCCCUACCACCUCUCCUCUCAACCCCUCACCUCUCCCUCUCCAACCCUCCAUCUCUUCCCUCUCCACCCCUCCACCACCUCCGCUCUCCACCCCUCCACCUCUCCCUCUCAACCCCUCCUCUCUACACCUCCACCCCUCCACCUCUCCCUCUCCACCCCUCCACCUCUCCCUCUCCACCCCUCCACCACUCCCUCUCCACCCCACCUCACCCUCCUCCACCUCUCCCUCUCUACAAACCUCCACCCUCCACCUCUCCCUCCCUCUCCACCCCUCCACCUCUCCCUCUCCACCCCACCACUCCUCUCCACCCCUCCACCAAUCCCUCUCCACCCCUCCACCACUCCCUCUCCACCCCUCACCUCUCCCUCUCCACCCCUCCACCCCUCCCCUCUCCACCCCUCCACCACUCCCUAUCCACCCCUCCAGUCCCACCACUCACCACUCCCCUCCCACCCCUCCACCACUCCUCUCACCCUUCCACACCUCUCCCACACCUCUCCCUUUCUCAACCUCCACCACACCCCUCCACCUCUCCCUUCUCACCUCUCUCCUCUCUCUAAACCUCCAUCUCUCCCUCGCCACCCCUCCACCCUCCAUCCCCCUCCCCUCGUCCACCUCCCACCCCUCCACCUCUCCCUCCUCCUCCCCCCUCCACAUUCUCCCCCCACCCUGAUGCAUGCCGUGGUGUGCGUAAACAGUGACCCAGCCAUCAUCCAGAGGAAUGUACUCUCGGCGCUCCCGUCUACCCACACACGUACAAGGACCUAAGGACUUUCAUCCGGGUACCAACGGCUGCCCAAGGCCCUGGAACAACGCAUGAUGGAGUGCUUCCAGACCACCUGGUCCGUCAACAACGGCAUCGACGUCAG